AUGUCCCUGAAAAGCGAGCCCCGAGUGAAUACCUCCGCGCUGCAGAAGAUCGCGGCCGACAUGAGCCACCUGAUAGAGAACCUGGACACGCGGGAGCUCCACUUUGAGGGAGAGGAGGUGGAGUACGACGUGUCUCCCAGCGACCUCAAGAUACAGGAAGUGUAUAUCCCUUUCUCUGCUGUUUAUAAUACUCAAGGAUUUAAGGAGCCCAAUAUUCAGACGUAUCUCACCGGCUGUCCCAUCAAAGCUCGGGUUCUGGAAGUGGAACGUUUCACGUCUACGACGCGGGUACCAAGUAUCAAUCUUUACACUAUUGAACUAACACAUGGGGAAUUUAAAUGGCAAGUUAAGAGGAAAUUCAAGCACUUCCAAGAAUUCCACAGAGAACUGCUCAAGUACAAAGCUUUUAUCCGAAUCCCCAUUCCCACCAGAAGACACACCUUCAGAAGACAAAAUGUCAAAGGGGAGGAGCCUCGAGAGAUGCCAAGUUUGCCUCGCUCAUCUGAAAACAUGAUGAGAGAAGAACAGUUCUUAGGAAGAAGGAAACAACUGGAAGAUUACCUGACAAAGAUACUCAAAAUGCCCAUGUAUAGGAACUACCACGCAACAACAGAAUUCCUUGAUAUAAGCCAGUUAUCUUUCAUCCGUGACUUGGGACCAAAGGGCAUAGAAGGUAUGAUCAUGAAGCGAUCUGGGGGGCACAGGAUCCCAGGGCUGAACUGCUGUGGCCAGGGAAGAGCCUGCUACCGAUGGUCCAAAAGGUGGCUGAUAGUGAAAGAUUCCUUCCUGCUGUACAUGAAGCCGGACAGUGGGGCCAUCGCCUUCGUCCUGCUGGUGGAUAAGGAAUUCAGAAUCAAGGUGGGGAAGAAGGAGACAGAGACCAAGUACGGACUCCGGAUUGAUAACCUUUCCAGGACACUGAUUUUAAAAUGCAACAGCUACAGGCAUGCUCGGUGGUGGGGAGGAGCUAUAGAAGAGUUCAUCCAGAAAUACGGCACCAACUUCCUCAAAGAUCAUCGAUUUGGGUCUUAUGCUGCUAUCCAAGAGAACACGUUAGCUAAAUGGUAUGUUAAUGCCAAAGGAUAUUUCGAAGAUGUGGCAAAUGCAAUGGAAGAGGCAAAAGAAGAGAUUUUUAUUACGGAUUGGUGGUUGAGUCCAGAAAUCUUCCUGAAACGCCCGGUGGUUGAAGGAAAUCGUUGGAGGUUGGACUGCAUUCUUAAACGAAAAGCACAACAGGGGGUGAGAAUUUUCAUAAUGCUCUACAAAGAGGUGGAGCUUGCCCUUGGAAUCAAUAGUGAAUAUAGCAAGAGGACUCUAAUGCGUCUACACCCGAACAUAAAGGUGAUGAGGCACCCAGAUCAUGUGUCAUCCACCGUCUAUCUGUGGGCCCAUCAUGAGAAGCUCGUCAUCGUCGACCAAUCAGUGGCCUUUGUGGGCGGGAUUGACCUGGCCUAUGGUAGGUGGGACGACAAUGAGCACCGACUCACAGACGUGGGCAGCGUGAAGCGGGUCACCUCGGGACCGUCUCUGGGUUCUCUCACAGCUGCAACAACAGAUUCUAUGGAAUCCUUAAGCCUCAAAGAUAAAAACAAAUCUGAUAAAAAUCUGCCCAUUCUGAAAAGCGGUGAUGAUAUGGAUUCAAAACUGAAAGGCAGAGGAAAGUCGAGAAAGUUCGCCAAGUUCAGCCUGUACAGGCAGCUCUACAGGCACCAGCUGCAGGAGGCGGACAGCGUUAGCAGCAUCGACAGUGCCUCCAGUUAUUGUAAUCACUAUAGAAGUCAUCAGAAUUUAAUCCAUGGUUUAAAACCCCACUUCAAACUAUUCCGCCCUUCCAGUGAGUCCGAGCAGGGAUUCACUAGGCCUAAAGUUGACUCCGGCUCCAUCCGCAGUUUACAGACCGGCGUAGGGGAGCUGCACGGGGAAACCAGGUUCUGGCAUGGGAAGGACUACUGCAAUUUUGUCUUCAAAGACUGGGUUCAGCUUGAUAAACCUUUCGCUGAUUUCAUCGACAGGUACUCCACGCCCCGGAUGCCCUGGCACGACAUUGCCUCCGCAGUGCACGGGAAAGCGGCCCGCGACGUGGCACGCCACUUCAUCCAGCGCUGGAACUUCACGAAGAUUAUGAAAUCAAAGUAUCGGUCUCUUUCUUAUCCUUUCCUGCUUCCUAAGUCUCAAACAACGGCUCACGAACUGAGGUAUCAGGUCCCCGGCUCUGUCCACGCUGACGUCCAGUUGCUCCGCUCUGCUGCUGACUGGUCUGCUGGAAUAAAAUACCAUGAGGAAUCCAUCCACGCGGCGUACGUCCACGUGAUAGAGAACAGCAAACACUAUAUCUACAUCGAAAACCAGUUUUUUAUAAGCUGUGCUGACGACAAAGUUGUGUUCAACAAAGUUGGCGACACCAUUGCCCAGAGGAUACUGAAAGCUUACAGGGAAGGCCGGAAGUACCGGGUGUAUGUGGUCAUACCGCUUCUGCCGGGGUUCGAAGGAGACAUUUCCACCGGUGGAGGCAACGCUCUGCAGGCGAUAAUGCACUUCAACUACAGAACCAUGUGCAGAGGGGAAAAUUCCAUCCUUGGACAGUUAAAAGCAGAGCUUGGUAAUCAGUGGAUAAACUACAUAUCAUUCUGUGGUCUCAGAACACACGCAGAGCUGGAAGGGAACCUCGUCACUGAGCUCAUCUAUGUGCACAGCAAGCUGUUAAUCGCCGACGAUAACACUGUGGUCAUCGGCUCUGCUAACAUAAACGACAGAAGCAUGCUGGGGAAGCGUGACAGCGAAAUGGCCAUCAUCGUGCAGGACACAGAGACAGUCCCCUCGCUGAUGGAUGGGCAAGAGUACCAGGCUGGCCGGUUUGCCCACGGACUUCGGCUGCAGUGCUGCAGGGUCGUUCUUGGCUAUCUUUCUGACCCAAGUGAGGACAUUCAGGAUCCAGUGAGUGACAAAUUCUUCAAAGAAGUGUGGGUUUCAACUGCAGCGCGAAAUGCUACCAUUUAUGAUAAGGUGUUCCGGUGCCUUCCCAAUGAUGAAGUACACAAUUUAAUUCAGCUGAGAGACUUUAUAAACAAGCCCAUAUUGGCCAGAGAAGAUCCCAUUAGAGCCGAGGAGGAACUGAAAAAGAUCCGUGGGUUCUUGGUGCAAUUCCCCUUUUAUUUCUUGUCUGAAGAAAGCCUGCUGCCUUCUGUGGGAACCAAAGAAGCUAUAGUGCCCAUGGAAGUUUGGACUUAAGAGUUACACUCCCUCGCAGCUCAAGGGCUUUCAUCCUGACAACCACGCACUGCACACAGGGACUUCCUGGGAACCUCACAGCCAAAGCCAGGCCUGAUGUGCAGCCAGCCAGCCUAUGGACUCUGAAUGCUAGGGAAGGGCUGUAGCCUUACUGGUGGAAGGACACUGAAGGCUUGCUCAUUCCUCCUGCCAGUCCUUGUGAAAGGGGGCUACCUGCUUGUCAGUAGCAUGUACUCAGCCACUUGAAACAUGUAAUCAAAUGUCAUGAUGUAUGCGAAAUCCAUUUCCUUUGCUCACAGUGAUUUACCAGUGACUGGUCCAGGCUGCCGAACGUCGUCUGAUCCUCUGUUCAUGCAGCCGGUGUCUGCUAACCCUGCCCUCCCCUCGUAGUCUGUUCUGGACUGUCUGAGUUAUCACUUACUAUUCUAAGGUGUUGUGAAGCGAGGUUACAUGGGCCGCCCCGUCCAUCUGGUCCUGAAGACGAGGAAAUGGUCGUCAUUCUGUUUUAGUCGCUGUAAGGACAGGAUAGAUUUUAGAUUGCACUGCAGCCCGUGUUACACACUUCCGAUAAUGUUGACAGCAUAUCUCGACACCACAGAGCAACAGGCAGGAGUUAAGCUCCAAUAUGGAGGCAGAGAUUCCACUUUGCUCGCAGAGGUACUGACCAGGUGUGUCUUUGUGAUAGGGCCCACUUGGUCAAAUUCGAAAACAUUUGUACGACAUUUGAUUACACAGCAACCAGAUAAAACUCAGAGCACACAGCCCUCAGAAACCUCCAAAGCGUCGGUAGGAUCCAAUUCAGAUAAGAAAAGAUCCUUUCCCGUCCUGCAAAAUUUUCUGUCACCUUCAGCUACUGGAUAAAUUGAAAUUUGACUCUCUUCAUUUCAAAGUCAAAGUCAUGAAUGCCAUUUGAGAGAAUCAGAGGCUUCAUACUCUUACCAAACUAGUAAGUGUGAGUGUAACCGUAUUUGACGUUCGGCUCUCCUCUUCUUCUUUAAGAAAAGUUAACUGAUUGUAGAAUAUGUGCCUCUUGUGAUAUUAAAUAUACAUUGAUACAAUGAUACUAAAUAUACAUUCCAGCAGGGUUCCUAGAGAAGUUAGGGUAUUUAUUAGUUUCCACUAUGCUAGUCUAUGAAUUGUCCUGGAAACCUUUUUUUCCUUUUCGAAUAUUAGAGCACACUUGGGUAUAUCCUAGCUCCAGUUUCACUAAGUGGAACCACUACAGCCUGAAGAGCUCCUGUGAGCUCCUGAAAAGGUCUGAGCCCAUGGACAAGGUCCAGACAGGAUGGCUGCUCACGCCUGUGGAUCACCUGUGCAGAAUCACGUGUGGGUUGUUCAGAAGAGCAAGAACCCAACCCCUGUUCUCAUGGAGCUGAUACUCCAGUCAAAAGAUUAUGCAGGAGCAUAGUCAGCGAUAUGGGUUGGCAGAAAGAGAGAGAGUGUUCUACCCAGGAGGGGACUCCCAGCCAGAGAACAUUUGCAAAUUAGGUGGGAUUUCA